AAGCUGCAAGCGACAACAGAGCAGAGCAUGCUGUGUGAGCUUUAAGAUGUUACUGUAGUGGAGAGAGAACACUUGUUCCAUAUCUCUCUCUAGAUCUCUUCAGUGUGGCAAUGGCAAGAUUUUCCCUUUACCACAAUGCCAACUUUCAGUCAUUUGUUAGGCCUGACUACGUCUUUAAGCCUGUCAAAGAAAAAUAUGAUGAGAUUAGAGAAGAAGCGAAGCUAAAGCACAUCCAUGAAGCCAGAACGAAAGAGAAAAGUGCCACAGUAUAUGCUGGUGAAUACCGAGGGAAAGAGCUGGAUAAAACCUGCCAGUCAUCAAUGAGACCAAGCUCACCAACCAGGAUGAACAAGCCUCACCCACCUGACGUAUUCUUGGUCACUACACUACAUAACAUCCCAGGCCAUUACAAUUGUAAGAAUAAAAUAUCUUCAGGAAAAAAAGGUAAAGAAAAAACAAAUGAUUCUUCUACCAGUAGACCCCAAAAAAUCCACUGUGAUAACAAAAGCCAGGUACACAUAUUCAAUGACAUGAAUUAUAAUAUGGCAGCUCAGGCUUGGUUGAAAGUUGCAAAUGAUGGAGACUAUGCUGCAGUAGUGAAAAUGAUAAAGUUUGUAAGUGACAAACAAGUCAUGAAGAAGGAUAUCUGUGCUAAGAAUAAUACAUCCUACCAGGUACUGAAACAAUAUCUUAAACCUGAAUACAUUCCCUCAGCCCAGUGCUGGUUACAGAAUGCUCCGCCUGAAGAAACCAUAGCUGUGGAGAGAUUACUUAGGACUUUGUCUACAGGACCUCAUACAACGGACCUAAAAGAAACAUCUGCUGCUUAUUCACCUAUUUACAGACAAAAAAGAACAGAAUAUCUUAUACACCCAGACUGGAGAGCACAGAGUUAAACUAUGUAGUAGUAAGUUCUCCCCCAGAAAUAUGUAGUACCGGUAUUUUAAGACAAUGUUCAAAAACUAAGCUACUCAGCUUUAUUUUAUAAAUUCAGGGUUCCUAUUGCUUUCAAUAUUUGUAGUGAAAAUGAUUAUGGAUGACAGAAGAGGAAAGAAGGACACCUAUAAUCUGCCAUUUAGGAUUGUGGAGAAGAAAAUGACUAAGGGACAUAUGGGCACCAAAUACAUACUGGCAAACUAGUCUUACAGAAUACCUUAGCUUUGUAUAGUUCUAUCAUAAUAAUAAACAGCUUCGGAG